CUUUUUUCCUACUCUCUAACAUAGAAAGAAAACCCCAACAAAAGAAAGAAACAAGAAAAAUCUCACUCCCUCCCUCUACAACAUGGCUAAGCUUUUAAUUUCUUGGUGUUGUGUCUACUUCUUUUCUUUUGGAUUCAUUUUCUUGAAAUCAAAUGCAGCAUCAGUAACAUACAAUGUGUUAAGCUUUGGAGCAAAAUCAGACGGCAAAAGUGAUGCAACUCAGCCAUUUCUGAAAGCAUGGGUUGCUGCAUGCAGCUCAAUGAAGUCAGCCACCAUUUACGUUCCUCGUGGACAGUACUUGAUUAAGGCAGCAACUUUCAGAGGGCCAUGCAAAAGUAAAAUCACUGUAAAAAUCGAUGGAACUCUUGUGGCUCCGGCUGAUUAUCGCGCCGUUGGAAACUCCGGCUACUGGAUUUUGUUUAUUCAGGUUAGCCGGAUUUCGGUCGUCGGAGGAACUCUUGAUGGAAAUGGAGCUGGAUUUUGGGCUUGCCGCAAGUCAGGGAAGAAUUGUCCUGUUGGAGCUAGGUCUAUAACGUUCAACUGGGCAAAUGAUGUUGUGAUUAAAGGCUUAACAUCGGUCAAUAGCCAGCUAAUGCACUUGGUGAUAAAUAGCUGCAAGAAUGUGAUGGUUAAAAAUGUAAGAAUAAUAGCACCAGAGUUAAGUCCCAAUACUGAUGGCAUUCAUGUCCAAUCUUCAACUGGUGUUACUAUCACUGGUACAAGUAUCAAAACUGGAGAUGAUUGUAUAUCUAUUGGCCCUGGUACCACAAACCUUUGGAUGGAGAAGAUUCAAUGUGGCCCUGGACAUGGUGUUAGCAUUGGAAGUCUAGCAAGAGAUUACAAAGAAGAUGGUGUGCAGAACGUGACAUUAAUUAAUUCAGUAUUUUCUGGAUCUGAUAAUGGAUUAAGGAUAAAGUCUUGGGCAAGACCCAGCACUGGUUUUGUCACCAACAUUAAUUAUCAAAACAUUAUCAUGAGGAAUGUUGACAAUCCAAUCAUCAUUGAUCAAAACUACUGUCCCAACAACCAAGGGUGUCCAGGCCAGACUUCUGGUGUAAAGAUCAAUCAAGUGACAUACAAAAAUAUAUUAGGAACAUCAGCAACGAAAGUAGCCAUGAAUUUUGACUGCAGUCCAAGCAAUCCAUGCAGUGGAAUAAAGUUACAAGACAUAAAGCUUACUUAUUUAAACGGAAAAGCUCAAUCUAUUUGCAAGAAUAUUAGAGGAAAUACUGGAGGAAUCAUCUUGCCUUUUAAUUGUUUAUAUUAACCCAGCGUUGGAUCUUUUUUUUUUCUUUCUUUUUGGGGUGGGAGGAAAGAGGCAUAUAUGCAAGGGACUAUAUAUUCUUUUUUUGUAUGGUUCCAAAUUGUUGUAUUGUGUUUCAUGGGACUUCUCAUGACUGGGAAUUAUGCCAUAUGUAAAUUUAAAGAAAAAGAAACUAAAAAAAAAUUUGGUUUUACUAAUGAUAGGGAGAAACAGGAAGCAAACCCCCUCUCUCUACUCUC